UUGGCGUGAAAGCGAAGGUUUUUUUUUUUUUUCUUUUCAAAAAUAAAUGAGAGAGAGAGAGGGAGAUAGAGGGAGAGAUAAUUUAGAGAGUAAAUGCGUUUUGUUUUGUACUCAUUAAUCAUCGGGGUGAAUUGAAUAAAGAAAUGAAUGUACAUAAGAAUGGGAUUAUUGGCGCUCACUAAAAUCUCCAAAAGAAUUUAUUUCCUUUUUACGUUUUCCACUACAGAAAUCCCCCCCAAAAGUAAAAACUAGGGCUCUUCUUCUAAAAAAAGUAAUUGCUUUUUGUAGAAGAAGAAGAAGAAGAAUAAGAAAAAGAAGAAGAAGAUGAUUAUGAGUUGGAGAAGAGUUUUGAAGUCAGCUCAGGCUUUGGCAGCCCAUAGCUUGCUUUUUUGUUUCACGCUUCUGCUUCUUCUUAAGCUAGAUCAUCUUGUUUCUUACUCUUGGUGGACAAUAUUUUUCCCGCUUUGGAUGUUUCAUGGAGUUGUUGCACGUGGACGGUUUUCCUUACCUGCCCCUUCAGUUCCCCAUAAUCGCCAAUGGGCACCAUGCCAUGCCAUUGUAGCAGUACCACUACUAAUUGCUUUUGAGCUGCUUCUCUGUAUAUAUCUUGAGAGUGUAAAUGUUUAUGGAUUUCCUGCUGUAAGCUUGAAGGUCGUCUUCCUUCCACUAUUGGUGUUUGAAAUAAUUAUUCUAAUUGACAAUUUCAGAAUGUGUAGAGCUCUGAUGCCAGGGGAUGAUGAAAGCAUUAGUGAUGAAGCAAUAUGGGAGACUCUACCUCACUUUUGGGUUGCAAUUUCAAUGGUCUUCUUUGUUGCUGCUACAGUCUUCACCCUUCUGAAGUUAUGUGGUGAUGUAGGUGCUCUUGGCUGGUGGGACUUGUUCAUAAAUUUUGGUAUUGCCGAGUGCUUUGCUUUUCUUGUGUGUACAAAGUGGUCCAAUCCUGUAAUUCAUAGAAAUUCCCCAGCAAUAGAAGCUGGUCCAUCUACUGCAACUAUUAGAUACCUUGACUGGAACAGUGGCUUAGUAGUUGCUCCUGAGGAAGACCAGCAGCAGGGUACAAUGUGUGGCCUGCAAGAUAUUGGUGGUCACCUCAUGAAAAUUCCAAUAAUUGGUUUCCAAGUCCUCCUCUGCAUGCAUUUAGAGGGAACACCUCCUGGUGCUAGAGAUAUACCACUUCCAGUUUUGUUCUCUCCUCUUUUCCUAUUGCAAGGGGUUGGUGUGUUGUUUGCUGCCUCAAUAUUAAUAGAGAGAAUUGUACUUUUACUACGGAGUGGGGCUGGCACAGGGUUGUACUUCAGAUUCUCGUCCCGAGCUCAUGAUUGCUUGGGAUUCUUGCACCAUGGUUCUAGGUUAUUAGGUUGGUGGUCAAUUGAUGAAGGAAGUAGAGAGGAACAGGCACGCCUUUAUCAUGAUGGGGCCUCCGGGUAUAACACCUUCUCUGGCUAUCCACCUGAGAUAGUUAAGAAAAUGCCUAAAAAGGAUCUAGCUGAGGAGGUUUGGAGGCUUCAGGCAGCUCUUGGUGAGCAAUCAGAAAUCACCAAAUAUAGUCAGCAGGAGUUUGAGAGGCUUCAAAAUGAAAAAGUGUUAUGUAGGGUGUGCUUUGAGAGAGAGAUAAGUGUGGUUUUGCUCCCCUGUAGGCAUCGUAUUCUUUGCAGUACCUGCUGCGAGAAGUGUAGAAAAUGCCCUAUCUGUCGGGUCUCCAUUGAAGAACGCUUACCUGUAUACGAUGUUUAAAUGGAAGUGCAGAGCAAAUAUCAAAUAACCUAACAGGUCAGAUGUUUUUAUAAAGUUCUCAUACUAGAGUGUUGCCAGUUUGAAUUGACGUGAGCUAGUAUAAAGAUAUAGAAUAUACAUGCUAUAAGUACAAAAAGAUUUUUCUCCGUUAUUUUAUAUCUAAUUACAGGAAAUGUAAAUAUAGUUUCAUGAUAGGAAUGAGAUUCUGACAUGGGUUGUAAGGUUUUGCUAGCUUGUUUAUUGGAUCAGUAGUGCAGAAUGACAAGUUACGGUCCUUUUUUUUUUAAAAAAAUUGUAAAACUGUAGAAUUAAUACUACUUGCCAGUUUAUUCUGUGUAUUCAUUUAUUCCUUUUUUGCUUUUUUCUCAACUUUUUUCUAACUUGUUACUUUUUGAGUUGGGAUGAAUAAAAUAGUAAUUGUGCCCAAGACCAGACCUGAAGUUGGUUAAUAGAUAAACUUAUGGAGAGAAGUAAAAAGAAUUAUUGGGUGAUGUGAAAAAUAUGUGAUGCUUCUUGGUGUAGCAGUGGAUUUGGCAUUUAUUGGUUGAUAGUGUAAUAGAGAGAUGAGCAGAGUUGAAUAUCCGUCGUCUCCUACUGAAGCCAAUGCCUUAUCGGAAUCUGGGUUAUGUUUGAAAAUGGACUUUGGUCGACUGUUUUUUAGAUUCGGCCGCAUCAUCUAUUUAAAUCGGACAUUAACAAUUUUUCUAUUUAAAAAGUAACAUUUACAUGAAGGCGUUUUAUAUUAAAUCUUCAUUUGGUUUAUAAGGAGUUCAGCAUAAUUUUAUUUUUGACCCAUGUCUUGAAUGUGCCAUAAUGAUCACAUUUUCUUUUUCUUCAAUGUAAUAGAAAGAUAAUAAUGAGUGUAAUAUGAACUCCCAAGAAACAACUACGGAAAGAUAGAGCUUUGCAUAAAUCCUAAUGGGAGGUUUUCCAAAAUGUUACAAUCAAUGUUUUUUUUUUUUUAAAUUGGAUUGGUGGUUAAAUCAAUCAAAUUAUUGGUUCA